AUGAACAAGCCUUUGACGUUCAUCUCCGUGGCCGCUGCUGGACUUGCCGCUUACGCUGUCUACUUUGACUACACCCGCAGAAAUGAUCCUGCCUUCAGAAAAUCUUUGAAAAAGAGAGCCUCCCAAAUGGAGAAGGAGGACGCUAAGGCUAAGGCCCACGCUAAGCACGAGAAGAGAACUUCAAUCAAGAAGGCUCUUUUCGCUGAGGUGAUUGCUAACCCACCUCCAGUGGAUGCUGCCCUGAAGGAGAACUACUUCUUGGAGCAAAUCUCUACUGGUGAGCGUCUUUCGCCAGCUCCAGGCAAGCAGCUCCAAGCUGCCUUGAGUUUCUACAAGGCUUUGGCUGUCUACCCUAACCCUACUGAUGUCCUUAACGUUUACCAGAACUCUGUCCCAGCGGACGUUUUCGAGAUUGUCAAGGAGAUGAUUGCCAUCCAAGACCCAGCCAAGAUCCACGAAAUCAUCAUAGAGGCUACGAAGGAGGCCUCUCAAAGUGCCAAGCAACCAACCCAAGCUGAUUUGGAUUAA